UCCUCCCCCUUCUCCUCCUCCUCCCUCGCCGUGCGCUCUGGUCCUCCUCUGCGCGCUCUGGGUAUCACCUCGGACAAAUUGCGGCGGAGCGCUGGAUCACGAAAAUUUCGCCGAAUCCUUUGUAGAGGUACCGGGUUUGGGGCCGGAGUGGUUCGGUGUUUGUUUUUCUGGGGACUGGGGUGCUGUUUUUUUAUAGUUUUAGGUGUUUUUUUACGGUUUAACCAUGGGGACUUUCAGAGGUCUCCUUGCGCUGCUGUGCCUUUUCCUGACUGAGGCGCAAACGCAGGACCGGAAAAACAGAUUUGCGGAUUGUCCAGUUGACCUCUUCUUUGUUCUGGAUACAUCUGAGAGUGUCGCCCUACGACAGCAACAUCCCAACUAUUAUAUUGACCAGAUCAAAGCAUUCACCAAUCAAUUCAUAGAUGAACUCCAGAACAUGCGUCAUGUAUGUGAGCGCAUCCUGACAUGGAACUCAGGAGCACUCCACUACAGUGACGAAGUCGAAGUUGUAAAAGAGCUGAGUGACCUGUCGACUGAGCGCGAGGCCCUGAAGAAAAGCGUCAGAGACAUUCAAUACAUCGGCAAGGGCACAUAUACUGACUGUGCCAUCAAGAGAGGUCUUGCUGAGCUGCUUAUUGGGGGCUCCAGCUACCAGGAGAACAAGUACAUCGUGGUGGUGACUGAUGGUCACCCUAUCACUGGUUACAAAGAGCCAUGUGGAGGUGUGCAGGAGGCUGCUAAUGAGGCCAGGCAACAUGGAGUCAAAGUGUUUGCUGUCGCCAUUUCACCUGACCAGGAG